UCCACAUCAUGACCCUCAACUCUUUAUCUUCUGUUUCUCUCCCCCCCAGAGACCUGCGAUUCAACAAGAUAAGGAAUAUCCCGCCAAACCACUUCAAGGACCUCAAACACCUCCACACCCUGCUGCUCAACAACAACCACAUCAUGCGGCUGCAGAACAUGUCCUUCACAGGCCUCGAGUCUCUUCGUUACCUAUACCUUUAUAAGAACAGGAUACGAACCAUCGAGAAGGGAGUCUUCAAAAACCUCAGGAACUUGGAACAGCUGUACCUUCAUUUCAACGACCUUGCAACAUUCGAGGCCAACACCUUCUCCAAUUUGACCAGUCUCCAGCGGUUAUUUUUACACAACAACCGUCUUCAAAGAGUACCAAGAGGCGCCUUCUCCAACCUGCACGCCCUCAGGAGGCUGCGGCUGGACUCCAAUGCCCUGGUGUGUGAUUGCCGGCUGAUGUGGCUGGCUCAGAUGGUGAAGGAGAAGCAGCACACCACACAGGUAGCUGCCACGUGCCACUUCCCGUCAGACCUCCAAGGGAAGAGCCUCACGUCACUCACUGAUUCCGAAUUCCAAUGUCGAGGCACCCCACAAAUCAGAGAAGGCCCAACGGAUGUGGACGUCAGGUUUGGAGGCACUGCAUAUUUCACCUGCAAGGUUGAGGGCGACCCUGAGCCAGAGGUGAUUUGGUUACACAACAAUGAGGUGAUCAAUGACGACUCAAGGUACAGCAUCCUCACUGAUGGGACGCUAAUGAUUGAGAACGCUCAGGAUGAUGACGUUGGUUACUACGAGUGUGUGGCCUCCAACCAGAUGGGAGAAGUGAAAUCUCGCAAGGCCAAGAUGGUAUCUGAGGAACAGCAAGAUGAGGCCAUUAAUGAGGCUGUUACAGGCUCGACAAAGCCUCGUUUUCUCCAGCUGCCAAGGAACGUUAACGUGACAGAAGGCGAUCCAGUUGAAAUACCAUGUGAAGCCUCGGGAAUCCCAAAGCCCGAUAUUGUGUGGACCAAGAAUGAUAACCCAGUCGUUCAAGGCCCAAGAGUUCAGGUGUCAAAUCGAGGUUCACUUUCGAUUUCUAUAAGUGAGCGUCUGGACUCUGGAAGUUACAGGUGUACUGCUGCCAAUUACCUGGGGAGAAUUGCUGCCACUUCCAUAAUCAGAGUGUUUGUUGCACCCAGGCUAAGAGUGGAACCAGAUGACAAAUACGUCAGUCCUGGCUCCACCGUCCAGUUUACCUGUGAGGCUGAUGGUGUGCCUCAGCCCAUCAUCACCUGGUACAAGGAUGGACAGCCGAUCUUUCCUUUUGGGGGACUAACACUUUCACUGCAUGGAAUCACUCUGGGUGUGCCACAAGUGAGGCCUUCAGAUGAGGGAGAGUACACCUGUAGGGCUCAAAAUGCCGCUGGGACAGUAGAAGCCUCGGCAGUACUGUAUGUUCGGGACAGGGUAGCUCCUGUUAUUCGUGUGGAGCCUCGAGACAUGCUGGCUAAGGAAGGUGACGAGGCCAUUGUACUCCCCUGCCAGGCUGAAGGGCAACCCCGGCCAACCAUCAGCUGGAGGAAGGAUGGCACCAUAGUGAUCAACAGUAACAAAUAUAGGAUUGAAAGCGAUGACUCUUUAUCAAUACACAAUUUGACUCGAGAGGAUGCCGGCCUCUAUGAGUGUAGUGCACAGAAUGGUGUUGGUUACGUCACUGUCAAUGCCAGAGUAACUGUAGAAGAAAAAGAAAGGCCCCAUAUAGGAGACCCAUUCCUGCAGAGGAGCUUUGAGGAAGCUGACCGACAGGUGGAUAGAGCUGUUAAUGACACAAUUAGCCACUUGUUUCAACGAGAGAGAACCCACAUCCCAAAUCCUCAUGAGCUUUUGCGAAUAUUCCGGUUUCCAACUUCUGAGGGAAGAGAAAUAGCUCGAGCCGCUGAGAAGAUAGAACAGACUUUGAAUAUUGUCCGGACGCACAUAGAGUCAGGCAUGGUAUUCAAUCUUACAGCUUUCAACUAUCAGGACCUUCUAUCUCCUGAAAAAUUGCUGCUGCUGAGAAAUCUGUCUGGCUGCCUGGCCCAUCGGCGAACAGUUUACUGUGAUGACAUGUGUUAUCAUAACAAGUACCGCAGCAUUGAUGGCACCUGCAACAAUUUCCGCAACCCACUGUGGGGGUCGUCCCUCACAGGUUUUAGACGUGUCCUGUACCCAAUUUAUGAAAAUGGAUUCAACACCCCAGUUGGGUGGUCAAAAACACAACGUUACCAUGGUUUCUUCAAGCCCAGUGCUCGGCUGGUAUCUUCACGCAUCAUCAGCACGGAGGAAGUGUCCCCAGACCAUCACUGCACUCACAUGCUCAUGCAGUGGGGGCAGUUCCUUGACCAUGACCUAGACCACGCCCUUCCCUCCAUAUCCUCAGAGAGUUUCCAUGAUGGUGAAAGUUGCCAAAGGACGUGCGACUAUGCUUCACCGUGCUUCCCCAUCGAGAUACCCCCAGAUGACCCUCGCAUCAGGAACCGCCGAUGCAUGGAAUUUACACGGUCAUCGGCUGUCUGUGGAUCUGGCAUGACCUCUGUAUUCUUUAACACGGUACUGCCGAGAGAACAGAUAAACCAACUCACCUCUUUUCUGGAUGCUUCCCAGGUGUAUGGAUCGAGUGAUACAGAGGUGAGGCUCUUGCGAAACUUGACUCACUAUGAAGGGAAGCUAAGACAUGGCAUCCCGGGGCCAACAGGAAAGCCAAUGAUGCCGUUCAGUGCUGGUGCCCCGGUGGACUGCCGGAGAGACCUGAGCGAGAGUGGCAUAGACUGCUUCCUGGCGGGAGAUAUUAGAGCCAAUGAACAGUCUGGCCUGACAGCAAUGCACACGCUGUGGUUCAGGGAGCACAACAGGAUAGCCCACGCUUUUAAGCAGAUGAAUCCUCACUGGGAUAGUGAUACAGUUUUCCAUGAAGCUAGGAAGCUUGUUGGAGCUGAAAUGCAGCACAUCACCUACACCCACUGGCUGCCUCACAUCAUAGGGGGAAGGGGAAUGGAGAUGCUUGGUGAAUACGCAGGUUACAACCAAAACCUGAAUCCCACAAUUAGCAAUGUGUUUGCAACUGCAGCUUACAGGUUUGGACACUCCUUGAUCAACCCCAUCCUUCAUCGGUUAAAUGCUACCUUCCAGCCAAUUCCUGAGGGCCACUUACCUCUGCACAAAGCUUUCUUCAGCCCGUGGAGGAUCAUUGAGGAGGGCGGCAUUGAUCCACUUCUCAGAGGCUUAUUUGCCACCCCGGCUAAACUGAAAACUCCAGGUCAGUUUUUAAACUCAGAGUUGACUGAGAAAUUGUUCCGAGCUGCCCAUGAAGUAGCGCUGGACUUGGCCUCCCUCAACAUCCAACGCGGCCGAGACCACGGCUUGCCAGGCUACACAGAGUGGCGGCGGGUGUGUAACCUCUCAGUGCCUGAGGACUUUGAUGAGCUGAGCAAUGACAUAUCCUCAACUGAAGUUCGACAAAGGUUGAAGCAGCUAUAUGGACACCCAGGCAAUGUGGAUGCGUGGGUGGGUGGACUGCUGGAGGACCCCGUGGAGGGUGCCCGUGUGGGCCCCACCUUCCUAUGCCUCUUGGUGGACCAGUUCAGGAGGCUUAGGGAUGGAGACAGGUUUUGGUAUGAAAAUUCAAAUAUUUUCAAGAGGGAGCAGCUCCAGCAGAUCAAACAGGCCACACUGGGCCGGGUCAUAUGCGACAAUGGUGAUGACGUACAGGAUGUCACCGCUGAUGUUUUUAUCUUGCCAAGGGAACAAUCUCCAGCGUUUGUGCAGUGUUCCAGUCUGCCAGAUGUUAAUCUACGUCUAUGGACUGAUUGCUGCACAGACUGUAGGACUGCUGGCAACUUCUUCAGUUUGACACAAGCACCAGGUUUUCGCUUCCGACGGCAUGUUGAAUAUUCACAUGUUGAGGAUCGGGAGCAUUUUUUAAUGGAGAGAGAUAAGAGGCAGGCUUACACGACGACAGAGAAUGAUGUCAAUUAUCAUGACGUUAUUCAUUCUAGUAAUGCCCUAAAGAAUGCAUCAUUUUCUUAUGAAGAUCAACAUAGGAGAACACCCAAACAUCAUGAGGUAAAGGACAAACAAGAAGAACCACGACACAACACCAUCGAUGAGGAGGAUGCUAAUGAUAUCGGGGGUUAUAAAGAGGACCUCACAGAACAGCGCAUUGAAGGAAUUGAAGCCUUAGUAGAGCACCUUUCAAAAACUGUUCUUGAACUCAACAAUAAGGUAAAUUCUGUGGAGCAUAUGUGUGGGGGAAGCAUAAGAAAAAGGAGGAGAAAAGGAUGUGUGGAUGAGACGAGCCAGAGUCGCCUCCCUGGAGAAGAGUGGCAGAAGGACUCCUGCACUGUCUGCAGGUGUAGGAGAGGAAAUGUUCGAUGUCGAGUCAUUCGGUGUCCACCUGUGACGUGCAAUAACCCAAGGCAGGAGCCUGACCAAUGCUGUCCUGUAUGCUGAGACAAGCACAGGAGUAUUUUAGCACUUUUACUAUCUUUUCUUUUAAAUAACCAGUUCAGUGUGGUGAAUUUCUGAGCUGCUCAUGUUGUUGAAUUUGCAAAUAAGGGUGUAAUGAUAAUCUUACACAAGGAAACUCACUGAAACUUUACAGUGCCUUGGAUGUGAUCCGAGUUAUGUGGCUUAUUGCUGUGUGAAUGCCUUGUCUCACAUGAAGAAAGGCUUCACUUGAGGUGCAUAACCCAUGCAGGUGGGUGAAGUUCCACUUGAACAGGCCUAGUGUAACAUGUGCAUCCACAGUAAAGAUGCUGUGAUUUUUACAAUAAGGACCACCGUGAUAUAUUUUUAACAGUAUAAGACACAUGAAAAUACACAGAAAUGAUUGUGUAGAAACUAUAAUGUACUACAUGAAAAUAUACUGUUGGUGUACAGUUGGCUACUGAGAAGGGGCUGUGGCAUCAAGACACCCACAGCAUCUUGCUGUGUCACACGCCCGCUGUGUGCUGGUUAUGAAUGGUUGCCCUCUAGACCCUUGCCUGCAUAUUGUGUCACUGCCAGUCUCACCUUUACUUGAGCCUUAAAUGUCUGAAUGUUGAUAGCGUUUGCCUAGCUUGCGCUUGCAUUACUAGUCAGUAGGAACUGUGUAUGUCCACAUCUAUAUGAAAAUACAGUAAAAUUAAAAGGAUAAGUAAUCUUUGUUUUGCUGUACUUAGGAUUAUUUUGAAAUAUUUUAGUCCUGCUUUUAAAAUGUAUAGCAUUACUAAUAUGGUGCUAAUAUGAUCAGGAGUUGUAUCUCAGAUAUAUUUAUUUAAAGCUGUAAUGCGUGCCACACACUGCCAGUAAUGGUGAAGGAACCUGACUGACUUCAUGAAAAGUAUGUUCAGUUAACCAUUUUUGUACAAUGUAAAUUUGUAGCAAGCUGUAUUUUUUUCUUUUUUACUAACACACGAAUUCUUUUUGAAGAUGUUAAUGAUUUUGUUGUCAUUCAAACCUCUUGUAAGAAGAAGAUGUAUUGCCACAUAAUGAUAGCCCUCCAAGGUAUAGAUGAAAAAAUGCAGGUUCAUCUUGCUGUGCUUAUUUUCAUGUGCAAAGGUAAGUGUAAAUAUGACUUGGCUCUUUACUACGUUUUUAGCCACGUGAGCUAUUAAUCACGAAUGAUGAAUGGAACUGUACAGCAUAUCCCUUGUAUUGAUAAAUAUUGAGAGUAUGUGUAGAACUUGUUUUUUUUUGUGGCAAAAAUCGGGAUAAAUCUUUUUAAGAAAAUAAAUUUCAUAGGGUACUUAAAUAGUAGCAUUUAUACAAGUAAAACAAGAAUGAAAUGGUGAGAUGGUUCCUUUUAUAAUUUAAUGAACAUUUCAUAUGCUUCCUGCAACCUAAAAAUUUGAAGGUAAAUUUUAGUAAUGAAAGCUAAGCGGGGGUAGAUAACACCCGCUGAUGGAUUAUAAUUAUGCUUGCCACAGUGCUCCAAAGAAGGACUGUUUAGUAACACGGUAGAAGUGAGAGUCCUUAAGGACUCCUUAAGUUUGGAGAUCUACAUUGUAAAGAAGGCACAAUAAUUAUUAUUAUUAAUUAUUUCCUUUCUUUGAUAGUCCAUCUUAGUGUUGGAUGUUACUUUAAAAUGAUGAGAAAUUAAUGAAAAGAAUACAGACAGGGCCAGUCUUUGAGCUAUUCUCUGUACAAAUUUCAUUGUAGUGUUAGCCGCCGCCGUCACUGCUAGGUGAAUGUUGCAGUGUGCAUUUGACGAGGCUAGAGCAAUGGAGCGAUGGCCCUGGUGCUGGCCCUUUAAUUGGUCCAGGUGAUCUAAAGCCAGCCCUGCUGAACACAGCAGAGGGCCGGUGGUUAGGUUGGGGCCCAGAUGUGUCCGCUGGUGUGAGCAAGCAGUUGGAAUGACUUGCUUACUUGGCAAAGUGAAAGGGAAGAGGCGGAGGGGAUUAGGGAGAGUGAUGAGGUAAAUAAGUAAGGGAAACAAAUACAGCAGCCCUCCUUCCUUACUAACAACAUACACAAUGAUAAGCAUUUUGCUUGCAGUCAUUCAAGCACUGCAAAAAUGAAACUUAUUUUUGUUAUCAUAAAAUGUAGGAAUAUUU